UUGUUUACAAGCUCUCAGGUUGCAGCAAGUCUUGGAGUGUCCUUAGAGCUACAAAUACAAUAAAGUUAUCUAGUGUUUAUUUCAUACAGAUAUUUAUGCAAGUAACUACAGUUUGCAGAUUCAUUUUUAUUGAAGUGCCAUUAUAUUCUGCAGAUCUUGUUCUGCAUAUCAGGGAUUGCCUUUAGACUGCUGUGUAUUUGUAUACAGCAGUCUUAUUACUAUUUGCAAAAGAUACCCCUAAUUUUGCUAGCACUUCUGUCACUGUCACCAUGGUUGUAUUCAAGAAGAUCAAGUCCUUUGAGGUGUGCUUUACUGAACCUGGGAAGGUAUACUGCGGUGGGGAGAAGGUGACAGGCAAAGCAUUGGUGGAAGUGGCUGAAGUGACUCGUAUAACAGCCGUCAGGGUACUGGCCUGUGGAGUAGCCAAAGUGUUGUGGAACAAAGCCUCACAGCAUUGCAAGCAGGAGAUGGAGUACCUGAGAUAUGAGGACGUCCUGCAUAUGGAAGAUCAGCCAACAGAUUCUGAUGGGUCUGUGAUUCUACGUCCUGGAAACCGAUAUGAGUACAAGUUUGGAUUUGAGCUCCCCCAGGGGCCUCUGGGAACCACUUUCAAAGGAAAGUACGGCUCUGUCAAGUACUGGGUGAAGGUAUUUCUUGAUCGUCCUUCUCAUCCAACUGAGGAGGCCAAGAAGAAUUUUGAAGUAGUGGAUUUUGUGGACGUGAACACUCCAGAUUUAAUGUCACCAAUUUCUGGGAAAAAACAAAAGAAGAUGACUUGUAUGUUUAUACCUGAUGGACAUAUCGCUAUGAGCGCCAGCAUUAACCGCAAAGGAUUUUGUGAAGGAGAUGAAAUUUGCAUCUGUGCUGAUUUUGAGAACACCUGCUCUCGUAUUGUUGUCCCCAAAGCAGCCAUUGUAGCCAAGCAUACUUACCUGGCUAAUGGACUCACCAAAGUGUUUACACAGAAGUUGUGCAGUGUAAGAGGCAACCAUAUAAUCUCUGGCAUGACUGACUCCUGGCGAGGAAAGAGCAUCCGUGUCCCCAAAAUCAAACCAUCCAUCUUGGGGUGCAACAUCUUGAGAGUCGAGUACUCUCUAAUGGUCUAUGUAAGUGUUCCUGGGGCAAAGAAGAUCAUUCUUGACCUACCUCUAGUCAUUGGCACCAGUUCUUCAGGAUUCAGUAGCCGUUCGUCAAGUAUGGCUAGCCAGACAAGCUCUGAAAUGAGUUGGGUAGAACUGAACAUCCCAGGGACACCAGAAGCCCCCCCAAGUUACUUGGAUAUUGUUCCUGAAGAUCAUCGACUGGAUUGCCCCACCACUCCUUUGCUGGAUGAGCUUGACUUUUCAUGUGACAGUCCUAUCUUUAUGUAUGCUCCAGAGUUCAAGUUCAUGCCGCCUCCAACUUACACAGAGGUUGACGUAAACAAAAAUAGUGUGCAUUGAACGCCAGAAAGUGCCUUGUUUAUGGUUCUUCCAUUCUGAAUUUGACCUCCUAAAGCACUGUCCUGAAACCAUAUUGCUUGGCCUUUUUUCUAGUGAGACUUUUUUUGUCCAAGAGGGUGAACACUUCUUAAACAUUUUCCAUCCAGCACCUUCCAAAGAUCACCCAGCUGUGCCAACACAAUGCAAAAUGGUAGUGAAGCAGCGUUGUCGCCCACCUCAGGUCUACGUUGGUGUGAACAGUAGUUAUCAGAGGAGACUUAAACUGUGUUAACUGAAAGCAACUGCUGUUUCUGUUUAGUAACAGAUACAUAUACAAAAAUAUUUUGUACCUGGAAGAUCAAAGUUGCUUUAAAUGUAACUUUUAUAUAUAUAUUUUGUUUCAUUGUCUACAAAUUUCAAUAUAAGAGCAAAAGUUCUGUCUUCUGUAUUUAAGUUGCUUUCUGCAACUGGCUCAUUCCUAUCUGUAAAGUUCCCCUGACGAGUGUUUAACCCUUUGGCUAAUAGGGUGUUACAGAACACGGUAACAUUGCAUUGCAGCUUUCAAGAAGACGUAGGGAUUAGUACAAAAUUAAGGGCCGGAAACCAAUCUUUACUGCAUUUGCUAAAGAUAUAUAUCUAAAAAAAAUUUGUAUACAUAAUUUUUAAGAAUUUUCCAAGUAACAAGAGAAAGCAAUACUAUGGAUUUCAAACAACGCUCUUUAAUUCUAACACAAAUUUGUUAUUUUGGGGGGUGGGGAAUGUGUGUGUGUGUGUAUGUGUAUGUAUGUAUAGCAGAAUUUUGUAUUCCAUUGUGAAUACUUCAGAAAACCAGUGUUAUACUUUAUGUGUGUGUAUGUAUGUAUUUUUUUUAUUAUUACUAUUUUUUUUUAUAUAUGCACUUUUUAACAUUUUUGAUAAUGCAACCACUAUGCUCCACUACAUUUAUUCCAUAUGUAGAUCUCAUUAUUCAUUUGAUUUGUUUCAAACUGCAGGCAUUAAUUACUCUACAGUAUGUUUUUAUAAUAUAUGAACCUGUUUGCAAAGCUGAAUAUAGCUGCUCCUAUUUGAAAACAGAACUUUUUUUAUGUUUAUAAAUACCUGUAUGAAGGUAAAAAGGGAGACUGUUAAAUUGUGCUCUUGCUUCACAUAAUAAGGGCUUUUCCAUUUAAGCCAGGGGUCAGCAAACUUUGGCCCCCAGAUGUUUUGGAACUACAUUUCCCAUGAUGCUCAGACAGCCUAGAGUGUCUCGGCAUCAUGGAAAAUGUAGUUCCAAAACAUCUGUGGGCUCAAAGUUGUUGACCCCUGAUCUAAGCCAUGUUUUAUAUGCACUUUCCUCUAAUGGAUAGCUAUCUGUAGCUAAUUCAAUAUUGUCAGUUCCUGAAGGCAUUUCUUCUGAUCUGUUAAAUCAUUGACCUUCUAUUGAGAUGUCUGCCUUAAACAACCCCCCAAGUAUUACGUUCUACUUCUAGCAUGCACUUAUAUAUAUAUAUAUAUAUUUGUACAGUAUUUCUGCACUGUUGCUGAAUCUUCUCUGUAACCUUGGAGAAUGUAUGCUCAGGCCAAGGAUAUUUGUUUUUUUGUAAAGAAUUUUAUUUACUAUUUUGUA